AGUCAACUUACUACCAAGCUUGGGAGAGAGAGAUGAAAGUAAUGAAAGAGGUCAAUGUAGAAGCAUACAAGCACAUGAUGAGCACUCCUCCAAGAUUUUGGAGUAGAUCAUACUUCAAAACUCAUAACAAGUGUGAUGCUGUACUGAACAAUAUGUCAGAAGCCUUUAAUAGUGUCAUAUUGGAGUCAAGGGCAAAACCAUUGAUCACCAUGGUGGAAGAGAUUAGGGUAUACAUGAUGGAAAGGUGGGCAACAAACAGGAUGAGGUUUCAAAAAUUAGAAGAUGUUGAUGUGUUACCAAACAUUAAAAAGAAGAUUGAAAAAACAAGUUCAUACACAAAUAUGUGGCUUGUAAGGAUGUCUGAUGAGUUUAUAUUUGAAGUGAGGAAUUUGGAAAACAAUGCUGAAAAAUUUACAGUCAAUCUGAAAGAUAGGACUUGUUCAUGUAGAAGGUGGGAGUUGACAGGCCUCCCCUGUGUUCAUUCACUAUCAGCAAUCAAAAGCAGGAACCAAAAGAUUGAUGAUUAUGUCCCUGAGUAUUACAGGAAAUCAAGAUAUAUGCAAGUGUACCAGCCAGUUAUUUUUCCAGUCAAUGGCUCAAACCUAUGGGAGAGGACAGAGUACCCUGAUGUUCUGCCACCCAAAUUUAGGAAAAUGCCAGGAAGACCCAAAAAAAGGAGGAAUUUGGAACAAGGUGAACUGGAUGGCACAGAUAGAAAGAUGAGAAGAACUGGCUUCAUUGUGAAGUGCAGUAGAUGCAAGAAACAAGGACACAACAAACUUACUUGCAAGGUACCAUCAACUACUGCACAAGCAGCUCCAUCACAAGCAGCUCCAUCUCAGACUACUUCUGUACAAGUAUCCCAAACAGCUCCUUCAGCUCCAUCACAGUCAUCUCAAGCAGCUCCUUCACAAUCAUCUCAAGCAGCUCCAUCACAAUCAUCCCAAGCUCAGAAGACUACUCCAAAAUCAGCCAAGAAGACUACUCCUAAAGCAAAGAAGUUGGCAGUUAGAAGGCCAAAUGCCCCUUUUAUCCCACCUGGUCCAACCACAAGGCUGACUGCUGCAAAAAUAGCUAUAGGUCCAACAACAAGGAGGACAACACCUACUAAAAGGGCCACACCAAAAUGGAAACCAUAGUCUCUUUAUUUUAUGUAGUGUUUUGGAUUUUUAGACAUCAGUUUGAAUAUUUUGUAAUGUGUCUGAAUAUUUUGUGUUUUUAGA